GGAGGGCGGGGUAGAGGAUCCAAUAAAGAGACGCCAAAAGUCACUCAAAAGGACAUAUCUUCUCAAUUUAGCAAGUGCCAAGUACCGAGAAUCAGACGGCGACCCAACCACCGUUACCAUGGACCAUUUCAGGCAGCAGACCAAGGAUCCUUGUGUCCUCACCACCGCUGCAGGCGUUCCAACAGGAGACAAGCUUAAUAUCUUAACUGUGGGCCCCCGGGGGCCACUGUUGGUCCAGGACACCGUAUUUAUCGAUGAGAUGGCCCAUUUUGACAGGGAAAGGAUCCCUGAAAGAGUAGUGCACGCUAAAGGAGCAGGAGCAUUUGGAUAUUUUGAAGUCACCCAUGACAUCACCCAGUACACGAAAGCCAAAGUGUUUGAGCGCGUUGGGAAGAAAACAGAUAUCGCUAUCAGGUUUUCUACUGUAGCCGGAGAAGCAGGAUCCGCCGACACCGUCCGCGACCCACGGGGAUUUGCAGUGAAGUUCUACACGGACGAAGGAAUUUGGGACCUGGUCGGUAACAACAUCCCGAUAUUCUUUAUUCGGGAUCCCAUUAUGUUUCCGUCCUUCAUCCACAGCCAGAAAAGGAACCCGCAGACACAUCUGAAGGACCCUGAUAUGGUGUGGGACUUCUGGAGCCUGAGACCGGAGUCACUGCAUCAGGUGACGUUUUUGUUUAGUGAUCGUGGCAUUCCCGAUGGAUACAGGUUUAUGAACGGCUAUGGAUCUCACACCUUCAAACUGGUGGAUCCCAAAGGAAAUGCCGUGUAUUGUAAAUUCCAUCUUAAGUCUGAUCAAGGUAUCAAGAAUCUGACAGUAGAAGAAGCAGACAAGCUGGCGGCCAAAGACCCCGAUUACGCAAUUCGGGACCUAUUCCAAGCUAUUGCUAAAAAGGACUUCCCAUCAUGGACCUUAAAAAUCCAGGUCAUGACAUUAGAGCAAGCCGAGAUCUGUCCCUUCAAUCCCUUCGACCUCACCAAGGUCUGGUCUCAUAAGGAUUACCCCCUGAUCCCCGUGGGUAAGCUGGUACUCAACAGGAAUCCUGAGAAUUACUUUGCCCAAGUGGAACAGAUUGCAUUUGACCCCAGCAACAUGCCGCCGGGGAUUGAGGCGAGCCCGGAUAAAAUGCUGCAGGGACGUCUCUUCUCCUACCCAGAUACACACAGACAUCGCCUUGGAGCUAAUUAUUUGCAUCUACCUGUCAACUGCCCCAGGAAGUUUGCACAUGUCUCCAACUAUCAGCAGGAUGGUCCUAUGUGCCUCUUCAGUGCUCCAUGUUCUGUCCCAAAUUAUUACCCAAACAGCUUCAGUUCUCCUCGAGAUGAUCGCAAGUGCAAUGAAAGUGCCUUCCCCACCUCUGGAGACAUCACCCGCCAUGAUAGCUGUGAUGACGACAAUGUGUCUCAGGCAAGAAUUUUCUACAAUAAAACGCUGAGUGAAGACGAGCGCCAGAGAGUGUGCGAAAACAUCGCCCUAAGCCUGAAGGAUGCACAGAUCUUCAUCCAAGAAAGAGCAGUGAAAAAUUUCCGAGAUGUGGACCCAGACUAUGGUGCCCGUAUCCAAACUCUGCUGGACAAGCACAACAAGGCUGGUGGAAAGAAGGAACCGCUGCAUAGUUACAAUCGAUGUUCCUCCUGAAUGGACCAUGGGGACUGUGAAGGUGAUCUCAGAUAGAAGAUAACAGUUUCCCGACAAAUUUAACCCUUGCCGUACCUAUGGAAAUAUUGGAACCACAGAUCAUCUCACCAGACGUCCCGGGCUGCUGACGCGGCCUCAGCUUGUUUUACUGGAUUUACUUGGAAGAAAAAGUUUUAUAUAUAUAUAUUUUUUUUAAAAAUAGGAUGGAAUCUUUUUUAUGCUUCUUUUUAUAUGUGUAAGGUAGACAUAUGACUGGUCUUUUGUCUGAGCUCCAAUAUCACCAGUAAAAGGGUAUUCCAGUUAAUCUCUGACCCAACUGUUAGAUCGUGGGGGUCCGACCGCUGGGACCCCCCACCAAUCACGAGAACAAGAAUCCUAUGCCCCCAUGUGAGUGUGCGCUUAGCUAUCCAGAUCCAGUCCCAUGACCUCUGACUCAAGCUGCAGUGUGCAUGCUCGACCUACCGCUCCAUCUACAUGGUGGACAUAAGACCCCCGUUCUCAUGAUCGGUGAGGGUCAAACUGGGAAUAACUCAUCUUAACCAGAAUACCCCUUUAAAGAGGAGCUGCACCCUGUCUGCCUUGCAUUCUCCAUGUAAUAACAAUUCUGGAGCAUUUAUUACCCAACCUCUAUUAUUCCAUCUAUAAAGUUCUGAAUAAAUUACUAGCAGUUUCCAAUGAAGGUCGACCUGGGUGCUACCAGUUAGGGGGAGGGGUGUCAUUAUCCAAUCAGUGCUGCCAGUGUCCGGCUGUGCAGGGACACCCCCUUCCCCCCCAACUGAAAACACCCAGCUGGACCUUUAUAGCAAAUUGCUAGCAAUAAAUUCAUAAACUUCUAGCAGGA